AUGGUCUUCCAUCGCCUCUCAAUUGAAAAGCUCUACUCCAACAGACCUGCGAUCGCCUGUCUCUCUUUUGGCAACCCAAUGCCUUCCGUUACAAAUUAUCCAAGACUUUCCAGGCUUAGUCGCGUGAGGCUAGCGCUCCCGACAGGUUGGCGCCGUGCGGCAAUUGUCAACAUCUGCCUCAUGUCAAUCUGCUUCCUGGUCCUUCUCAGCAUAUUGAUCGCAGCAAUAUCAAAAACCGGAAAUGUGGCACAAGUAUGGAAGUUCUACACAGCAGACUGCAGAAGUAGGGGUUCUAGCGUUACAAACACCAUGCUACAUCUACUCCUCAACAUCCUCUCCACCAUUAUCCUCGCCUCGUCAGGCUUUUUUAUGCAGGUCCUGAACUCUCCGUCUAGGACUGAGGUGGACGAGACGCACGCUACAGGUAAUUGGCUCGACAUUGGAAUACCUUCGUGGCGGAAUGCAUUUCGACUUUCACGCUUUAAGCUGUGGAGCUGGAUUAUUCUUUUUCUAAGCUCUGUUCCUAUUCACGUCUUUUUCAACAGUUCAAUUUUUCAGAUCGACAGCCGAAUGGGUGACUUUCAUUUGACGAUCGCUACCGAAUCAUUUGUGAAGGGAGAGCCCUUCUUUCUGCCUGGAGCCAGCCUAUACACCGACGGCCUCUUUUCGAAUUACACCCGUCACGAAGGGUUGAGCAAUGUGCCUCCCUUUGGAGAUGUUCGCUCUUACGACUUCAAAACCUACUUGACCGACCGCGAUUCAACAGACAUAUCGAACGUCUCAAAAGCGGCUGAACAAGGGUUGCAAUGGCAGAGAUUGAGCACAACUGAGUGCCGUGCCCUCUACAGCGGCUCAAGGUCAAACUGCAAGGGGCUUAGGGAAUAUCGGAAUGCCAUCCUUGUUUGUAAAGGUUCCGGGUGGAAAAGAUCCGAACUUUGGAACCUCUCUAACUCGGCAAACGCCCUUUGGGAACCCGUGGUGCCAAGCAACGAAAUCAACACUCUGUGGCUCUCGACACCUUGCACGAUGAAAGGCAUCAUCGUGGAGAGCAAUCCACAAUGCGAAAAUACUUGCGGCGGCAUAGUGGACACCCUGAGUUCUUCUGGACAUUGGCAAAUUCGGACAUUCGAUUGGUAUGAGACAUCGUCAACUCCGGAAUUUCCGCCUGUGGGUUGGAAUUUCACGGAUCUCCCGAGCUGGUCCAUGACCCCUAGAUGGAAUUCGACCUUGUAUGCGGCCCCAGGCAAUGAGUCCACGCCAACCUUUGGAUAUCGGGAUUCUUCAUAUAACCUAGAGAUUGACUACUGCCUUGCAGAACCUAGGGAUUUGAGCAGUGCUUGCGGUGUAGCCCUCUCAAAACCUCUCCUUCUCGCUGUCGUUGUUUCAGUUUUGAUCAAGAUCAUUGCCUGCAUCGUGACGAUACACUUUCUAGGUUCUGAAGAGCCCCUUGUAACCCCCGGUGAUGCUAUUGCAUCUUUUAUUUCGAAGGCAGACGUCAAAAUCGACCAGCCUGGCUUCUCGAAUCCGAGUAUGUUCGCAAAAGUCAAGAAGAGGAAGAAAAGCUAUGUUGCGUAUGAGCAUGCGGGACCAACCCAAUGGGUUAACACCCCUAGGAAAACAGCUGCUUGCAUAUCUUCUAAGGCUUGGAUUAGUACUUACGCCAUCUUGGGCUUCGGUGUUGUCGUAGCAAUCGCCUGCUGCGCCAAGCAACUGACUAGCAGUAUCCCACUGAGAUGGAUAAAGACCAAUCCUGCGGAAUCGAACAGCGUUCUCUCUGCCAUAGAUGGUGGUGUAGCAUUCAUCUCAUCGGUACUCGUCGCCAACGUACCUCAACUAUACCUUUCAUUCUGGUAUCUCGCUUACAACACAUUGAUCACACGAAUGGAAAUGGCUAGGGAAUGGUCGCGAUUCUCUACCGGGUAUCGCUCAUUACGUGUAUCGUCUCCGAGGGGUCAGCAGAUCGAUACAUACAGACUCCAGCUACCUUACAGACAGAGCAUCCCUCUCAUUACAGCGAGUAUAGUACUUCACUGGCUGCUUUCAAACUCCUUGUUCGUCAUCGUGUCUCAAGGCAACUACUUCGAGAUGAGCCUGAAUAGGUCAGAUGGAGGAUACAAAGGAGAUCCUAUCAGCCUUCCCCCGAACACAGUCGUUGGUCUUGGAACAGCAUCUUUGCCAGUAUUGCUUCUCGCAGUCAUUGGAGGAAUCAUGAUGAUCAUACCUAUCUUUCUUUCGAGAAAACAGCUUGCUGGCUAUAUGCCUAUCGUUGGGUCAAACUCUAUGGCGAUGGCCGCUGCAUGUCGUGUCUCACCCAUAGCAAAGAUUCCAACUAGGGUUGACGACAAGGAUGAUAAAGGCCAAGCAACUGAGCUGGAAGAAUUGAGACCAACAUCAAGCAUUGCGGUUUCGGAGGAAGGGCUGAGUGCUCCCAGCCAGUCCACCGACAUGCCUCUCUUUCUCCUGAGAUGGGGCGAGGUGGAGAUGCCGAAGAGCUGGUACGAAAGGGUCGGGAUGGAUGGACAAGAGGCAGCAGAGAUUGGGCAUUUGAGUUUUGGUACAGUCCUAGACGAUCCUAAGCCCCCAAAGGAAAGUCGGUUUUAUGUCUAG